CGGCUUCUUCAGGGCUUUUCUCACGUCCGGGGGGCGCGGCAUCCUAACCUUUGAUCUGAUUGGCUCUGCGGCGUCCACGUGUCUAAUCGCUCCCUAACUUCCGGCAACAAAAGCAUCGUCACGUGAUCUGGCUGUGGUCAACGUGAUACUAACAAAGUGAAUGAAUGGAGGCCAGAAAUGACCUUAAGUUUCAAGAAUUUGAUGAUGCUACUAAUCUACUAGCUGCAAACCCGGAUGCCACUACUGUCAGUAUUGGUGACCCAGAUGAGACUGCGGGUAUCCAGCAAGGGCACAGAUCGAGAGAAGAAGAAGACGACCUGCUAGGCAAUGACGAUUCUGAUAAGACAGAGCUGCUUGCAGGACAAAAGAAGACCGCUCCUUUCUGGACAUUUGAGUACUACCAGACGUUCUUUGAUGUUGACACGUACCAGGUUCUUCACAGGAUAAAAGGUUCUGUUUUACCAAUCCCUGGAAGGAACUUUGUACGGUUGUAUGUAAGAAGUAACCCAGACCUUUAUGGUCCUAUCUGGAUUUGUGCCACACUGAUCUUCACCAUCACAAUCAGUGGGAAUUUUUCCAAUUUCUUACUGCACAGGGGAGAACCUCAGUACCACUAUGUGCCAGAGUUUAGAAAAGUAUCCAUUGCUGCCACUACCAUCUAUGCCUAUGCCUGGUUGGUGCCAUUGGCUCUUUGGGGUUUCCUAUCUUGGCGACACAGUAAAGUAAUGAGCAUGGUGUCCUACUCCUUCAUGGAGAUCGUGUGCGUCUAUGGCUACUCCCUCUUCAUCUACAUUCCCACGUCGAUACUGUGGAUUGUCCAUUCUGAGAUUCUCCGCUGGGUUCUCAUGUCUUUAGCCAUGUGUCUGUCUGGGGCUGUUUUAAUGCUGACAUUCUGGCCGGCUGUACGUGAAGAUAAUCGAAAAAUCGCCAUCUCCACGCUUGCGGCCAUCAUGCUGCUUCAUGUGCUGCUGUCAGUUGGUUGUGGGCAAUAUUUCUUCGAUCAACCAGAAAGUGACCAUGCACAACACGCUGUAACGUCCAUUAUUAAUGUGACCAAAAGGACACCACAGAGUCGCUAAUGGGAGGUGUCAUCACAGUCUCUCCGUUCACAUCCAUUCUUCAGGCUUAUUUGGUGGAGGAAAGCUCUGUACUGGACCGGACGAUGAGCUGCUCUGGGUUUUCCUUGUGCUUUAUAUUCUUUUAUAUAAUAAUUUACUGAAUGAGCUAAUUUUAUUUUUAUGAAAACUGAAGACGUGGCUGUGAUUUUCACGUUAUGGUGUGGUGAUUGGGGGUCUAAUAAUGAUCAUUCUUUUGUUAUUUAUUCUUUUUAUACAUUUUUUUUGCUCUAAUCUAUCAGGCAGAGGUAUUUAUUUCAGAUUAGGUUUUCCGGGAAUAUACAUUCUUUGUGUAGGAUAAUUUAGAAUCGGUAGUGGUCCUAACGCUGGCACUCCCAUUGAUCAGCAGAGAAAUUUGGUCCGCAGUGUGUCACGGCUUCCUUGUUUUGCAUUGAUUGGACCAUUCCCGAUCACACGUGGAUGGGGUUAUGCCUGUGAUGGCUAACCUCCGGCACUCCAGCUGUGGUAAAACUACAACUCCCAAGAUGCACACUUGCUUGGCUAUUCUCAGAACUCCAUAGAAAUGAAUAGAGCAUGCUGGGAGUCGUAGUUUCACCACAGCUGGAGUGCCGGAGGUUAGCCAUCACUGGGUUAUGCUAUUAAUAUUUACUUCCAGUGAAUCCCUUUUAAAGGAAAUUUGCACUAUUUAAAAUAUCAUUUAUUAUUUAUUACAACAUGCCUUAUUAUAAUACAACAUUCUUGAUUACAUAGAUUAUUGGUGUUGAGCUUUUGGGAUUGAUAUUGAUCUGCAGUAUCCCAACUUUAUUUGCAGUUCUUCCACUUCAUACAAUGACCAGUCUCUCAUGUAUGAAGGUGAGUGCAGGCAAGAACGGGAAGUGUUGCCCAUAGCAAACAAUCAGCUCCAGUUUUUUAUUUCUAAGCAAGUCAGAAAAAGUAACCUGUGAUCAUAUGGGUUGCUGUCUCCAGUUCUCGUCUGCACUAGUUUUCAUAUACGAGUCUCCACCGCUGUAACCUGCUCUAAAGCAAUUGAUAAAGAGGAGACUUGAGGCCCUGACAGCAGAUAAGGGGAUGGCAAUCAUUUAAUCAAGAUGGUCUUCUGCAGAAUCCUGUUUUCGAUAUCAAUGAAACUUGUCUAUUUAACCAAGAAUAAUCUAAUAAAAAACACUCUAUCCCAAAUGAAGGGGCUGCAUUGUUU